UCUCAGAACUUUUCCUUCUUAGUUUCUCAGACAUCCACUGCAGCAGUGCAGGGCUCUCCCCAGCAGCAAGGUCCCUUCACAGCAGCCAGCUGUGCACCCAGCCUCCUGACAGUUUGGGGCUCAAUGGCGGACACCAUCCAGAGUCUGGUGGCAACCACUGAUGUGGGGCGGUGUGUGGGAAUCGAGAUAAUCAACCAGACACAGAACUUGACUCUGCACUCCCCAAGAUAUUAUUGCUUCAGUGGCCACAGCCUCAUUCCUCCUGUUCUUAAGAUCACACCAGGCUCCACGGCAAACUGUGUGUUUGUGAAGACCAGAUACAGCCUUCGUGGAAGUGUGGGGAUCCUGGCAUAUGAGGCAGGUGAUUUUAUACUGGCUCUCGUGUUCUCCAACCCCUUUGACUACGUUCUUUACAACAUCCAGUUUGCUCUCAGUAUCACUGAUGAUAAGUAUUUCUAUGACAGCAUGGAGGCAGCUUACUACAGAAUAAUCAAAAACUCUUUCAGGAACAGCACAUCCAUCCAGAAAGUCAGUCUUAGCCAGUGCCAUGAAACUGUGAAGGUGACUGCGAGGAAUAUUUCUGCUCAGGCUACCAUGUCAAAUGACUCCAAGGCAAUCCUAAGAGUGCUGAUUGAGACUGAUAAUAUUCCACACCCUUUUGAGAUAGACCAAUAGACUGUCAGGCCCCGACCCAGGAUAAAGAAUACUGAUCCCUUCCGCAGCCAGUCUGGAGCAUGACACAACUACCCCUGAACAUCCACCCCAGGAACCACUACCCUGCCACCGCCUGCACACCAACUGACUGCCCAAGCCAGCUACAGACUGAACUGAGAGGGGAGUGGAAGCUGCUGUGAUAAGGAUGAACUGCUCCAAAUACCUGGAAGUUGUGUCGCCAUCUCAGUAAAACCCCUAUGGCAGUCA